AUGGCUUCAGCAUUGCAGACAGGGCUAGACAGAAGGGACCGUGAGACAAAGUUGAGUCCAGCAACACUACCAACAACAGCUGGUAUAUUCAGCACAGCCAACAACAGCUGGUAUAUUCAGCACUGCCAACAACAGCUGGUACAUUCAGCACUGCCAACAACAGCUGCCACAGCACAGCCAACAACAGCUGGUAUAUUCAGCACUGCCAACAACAGCUGGUAUAUUCACGCUGCCAACAACACCUGCAACAGCUGCCACAGCACUGCCAACAACAGCUGCCACAGCACUGCCAGCAACAGCUGGUACAGCACCGCCAACAACAGCUGGUAUAUUCAACACCUCCAACAACAGCUGGUAUAUUCACCACUGCCAGCAACAGCUGCCACAGCACUGCCAGCAACAGCUGCCACAGCACCUCCAACAACAGCUGGUACAGCACCGCCAACAACAGCUGGUAUAUUCAGCACCUCCAACAACAGCUGGUAUAUUCACCACUGCCAGCAACAGCUGGUACAGCACCGCCAACAACAGCUGGUAUAUUCAACACCUCCAACAACAGCUGGUAUAUUCACCACUGCCAGCAACAGCUGCCACAGCACUGCCAGCAACAGCUGCCACAGCACCUCCAACAACAGCUGGUACAGCACCGCCAACAACAGCUGGUAUAUUCAGCACUGCCAACAACAGCUGGUACAGCACCUCCAACAACAGCUGGUAUAUUCAGCACUGCCAACAACAGCUGGUAUAUUCACCACUGCCAGCAACAGCUGCCACAGCACCUCCAUCAACAGCUGCCACAGCACCUCCAACAACAGCUGGUACAGCACCUCCAACAACAGCUGGUAUAUUCAGCACCUCCAACAACAGCUGGUACAGCACCGCCAACAACAGCUGGUAUAUUCAGCACUGCCAACAACAGCUGCCACAGCACCUCCAACAACAGCUGGUACAGCACCUCCAACAACAGCUGGUAUAUUCAGCACUGCCAACAACAGCUGGUAUAUUCAGCACCUCUAA